ACUAUUUCUACAUGUAGUAGGCUAGUAUGUGCUCCAGGACUCAGCCUCGAUCUGGAUGCACACCACGACAAUACUUACCACUGGAAGCGAGUCCAGCUUUAGUGUAGACGUCCGUAGGCUGCGUUUUAGAGCUUUACACAUGUAACGGAAGUUUGAAAGUAGGUUUUAUAUUUGUUUUUUUUUUGUCUAUUUAUUAUACUCACGUGUCGUUGGUUUCUUCGACUAGAAAUGGCCGGUUUGAAAAGGCAGCGGUCGUGGCAUGAAGACUUCCCGAGGAACUUUUUGAGACUGUUCUCGAGGAAUAAAUCGUUAGAGCAAGACAAACCAGAGGACCAGUGUGGAAACCGGGAGGAACUUGAGGACGACAGUGCUACCAGCCAGUACAGCGAGGCAGACUCACUGCUCACACCUGAAUAUCACCUGGAUGCGUCAUCACUAGCACAGGCACUGGAACACUCGGAGCAGGACAGGGUACUGGAGGGAGACGGUGUGUGUGAUCACGAGGACAGUGUUCAGGGGGAUGCGGAGAGCAACCCUCCUACCAUAACCCCCCCUGUCUCGGAGCCCUGCUCUCCUCUGCCCCCUGUAGACGGCUUCUUCAGACGCUUGGGCACCCUGUUUCUUUUCACUCGAGCUCAGCCUGGAGAGGAGGACACGCAGCAUACAGUAAAGAAAGAUGCAGAGACAAGUGUGGAAGAGCGCUCACAGCCUCUGAAGCCUCAGGAGGAGUCUCACUGUACUGCAGGUCCAGAGGUUGAAGCCACAAUUCAAACGGAGCAAGACGUACAAGAUACACAGCUGCAGGAGGAGGCUUUGGCUGAAGAGGAUGGAAAUACAGCAAUAGAGAACCAGUCAGCUACUGUGAAAGAAGAGAACGAGGAGAAAGAAGAAGAGCAGAAGCGGCGCCGUGCACUGGCAUGCCCCCCAGUGGUAACACAUGUGACAUACCGUGGCCUUAGGAAGAUCAGGAAGAUGAGGAGGAACCAGGAAGUGCGACUUCAUUCUCCAAUCUCGGAGGGAGAGGAGGGGCAUUAUGAAGUUGAUGUGGGUUUGUCUGCCUCAGAAGAGGAAGAAACAGAGCAGAAUGAGGCAAACACAGGCAGUCCUGUAGCAGCCUCCCCCACCGAGAUCCAUUCAGGACAGCCUAACCCGAAAACUUUCUUAUCUUCAAACAGUGUUAGUUCUGAUUAUCAAUGCUAUGCUUCAGUGGGCUCUUCCACUGUACACCCCAACACUUGCAGUAAAGCAGAGACAGAAGGAAUGCAGAGCGUUUUGAGCUCAAGUGCCUUACAGACACACACCAAGAUCAAAAUAAAUUCUUUAGAUUUUGCUCCAAUGGUAACUGGUAAGAUGUUGAGUGCUAAUGAAAAUAAUGCCUGUAGGUCUACUCUUUUAGAGACGGUUAUUGUUGAUGUAGCUCAUACCCAUAAGGUGGAGCCAUCCGAGUCUGAAUCUAUACCUCUGACAAUGGAAUCAGAUCAUGAGACUUGUCUACAUUCACAGUCUCUCUAUGCUGAUGAGCUGAUGUUUCGUCUUUUAGCUGAAACCCCAGAUACUCCGCAAAUGCAGCCAACCAACACUGAUACUGCCACAAACCUAAACACUCAUUUUGCUAAAAUUAACACUGCCUCCAACUCGCACACAAACUUUUUGAAAAUGGGUUUGAAAAUUGCUCCUGAUUCCUGUCAGGACAGCCAGCUGUCUAGUUCUGGCCUAGAUGGAUGGGACCAUAAGGAAACCCGAGCCCCAGGGUUAUCAUCUACAGCAGAAAUUUCAGGACAUGCUGUCUGGCAGGCAGAGUUCAUUCUGCAGGAUGAAGACACACAGCAAUUGGGUGUAGACCGAGAGAUGCUACAGCUAGAGUCCAAAAAGAUAGUAGACAGCAUUCUUACAAAUGCUCUGGCUGCUCUGGAGAGGAUUGACAUUUCUGAGCGAGAAAGUGAGACUCUAUCAAAAGGUGAGUUUAUUGAGGGUAUGGAGAAUCUCAUCUUUAUGGGAGCAAAGGAGAGCAUGGAUGGAGCAGCCAGUCUGGGACAGGCAUUGAGAGAACAUUUACCUGUUCAGGGUGGUGGGAAUCCCCAGUCAACCAUCUCAGAUGGGACUUUGGGCAGCAGGAUACAGGCAGAUGGGAGUCGGUCAACCCCGUCCUCAGGCUACGAGUCCAUUGCUGGAUCAGACACAGACAUCCGGAACAGUGUGGCUAUUAGUGCUGAUGUUACCUCCACUAGUGGACUAUUUAGCAUGCAGGAGCUGCAAGAAGAAGCAGUUGGGGGAUGUUACCCAGAUGAGCUGGAGCUGUGUAUGGAGAAGAAUUCUGUCUCUCAAAAUAAUAGACAGGACUCUCUGCUUCACAAUACUUUAGUACUUGGAGUAGAUAUUGAAGAGAACGAAGGACCUGCCAGAACUGAGACGAACGAUGAACAAUUACCCAAGUAUGCUCUUGGUGAUAGCAAUAUAACCCCUGUACAGCCAGCCACAUCUGAAACUUUAUGUGAGGUAAACACAGGGCAGGUACAGUGUGUUUUGGGCGAGUAUGUUUGUUUUUCACAGAAAACAAAUGACACAGGGCUUCAGUAUUCAGCCAAAGACAAUCCAGAAAGCAAUAAUCAUGAUCCUGCAUUGCACUUGAACUCAGGUGAUGUAUUUACAAUCAAUAAUGCUAUGGAAUUAAGCCAGGUAGAGGGCAUUAGAUAUAGUUUAUCUCAAGUUGGAGUUAGUAACCCAGUUUCAGAGCAGCUUGCUGAAAAUAAUGUAGUUCCAGUACAAGAUUCCUCUGAAAACGAGGACAGGCCAAAUCUGUCAGUGGUCCAAAGCCAUACAUUUGACAAUAGAGAACCUCAUCUGGUCAAUUGUGAGAGUUUGAACAAUCCCAUAUUAGUUUCUCAGGAUAUAAAGAGCGGAGGUACACAAAGGUCAUCGAACUGUGCAGGCACAUUGGAGCCAAGCCUAGUCCCAGAUGUGCCAUCUUUAGCAUAUGCUGUUGAGCAUGGGCCAGAUGGUGAGAUCCAGGAGGAGGAGAAGGUCUCUGCUGGUCUACAACCUAUCUGGUUGCUCAGUUCAGCCACAUCAGCUGAUUCCAGCGAUGACCCUGAGUGUUUCAGAGCAGUUAAAGUCAUGGUUAAUGAUGAACAGAGCCAGCAUGAUGAUGCAUUAAAGUCAGAUUCCCCAAUAGAACUGAGCCUGGACAGAGCAGCUGGCAGGCUGGCAGCCUUUCCUGUCUCAGCUAGACCUCACCUGGAACUCCCUGGCACCUUUGCCGUCAUCAGCGAAGAGGAGGAGACUGACACAGUGUUUGUGAAUGACACAGGGCCUUUGCUUAGUCCGAGCGCACGCCGGGUCAAGAUAUACCCGUUUUCCCUUUCCCCAAUAUACGAGGAAGACAGUGGAAGAGAGGACGCCUCACGGGACGAUGUGCUGCAUGUGCCACCGGCCACAGAGGAGGAGCAGCGGAGUGAGGAACAGCAAGCCUCCUCCAUCCUUUCUCUCUUACAGUCUGUCAGUGAGAGGUUGCAAUCAUCCAAAUUUAGCAGCUCUGAGACAGAGCAGGAUGUGGAAGACAGGCCAGAUGAACCAGAGUACCCACAGCAGUUUUUCAGGCCCCUUUGGGAUCGCUAUGAUGAAAACGACAAUGAUACCACAGUUGUUGGAGAGUCGAGCUUGCUGCUACACCAACAGCUCACAGGGACAUCUUUCCUCAGUACAGAACCUCCAAAGGAUGAGGAUUCUCCCCCCAGCCUUAGUCCACAACAGAAAACCAAUGAAACACAGGAUAGAGUUUUGGGGGGAAUGCAUUGUGAAAACACUCUGAGCAGUGCUGUAAGGACUGCCAAGUCUCCAUUUUAUGAGUAUUUGAAAUCCAAUGUAGCGCCAUUACUUGCUGCAGAGACACUAGAGAGUAAAUCUUGUCCUAAUGGGGAAAGUUCAUCCACUACUACCUUGGUAGAGAUGGUAAAGUUUGGGAAAAUCCGUCCUCGACCUACUCUGCUGCACAUCUACGAGGGUCUGGCACCAUGUGGGAAAAGGGUUGAGAUCUGUGGGGACGUGGAGGAUGUAGAGGGAAUUUUGUUUCCACAAGAAGCCACAAUCCAGGCCCAGAGAGGGUGCUGGCUACUUUAUGUGGAACGGAGAUACCAGGGGUCUUGUAUCCUGCUUGAAGAGGGACAGACUAUACAGACCAGUGGAGAGACUAGAGAGAGAGAUGGUCCCUCUGCUCCUACCACAUUGUCUAUUGGCUCCAUCAGGAGAGCAAUGAAGGAUGAUGCUGUUCCAGAGAUUCAUAUCUAUUUAGCGAGUUCUAUGAAGGAAGAGUUGGUUUGUCUCCACUCUGAAGCUGAAGACAUAGGUGUACAUGCCCCAGUCCACCUCUCUGACCUCAGUGUGCACUCCGGAUGCUGGCAGGCAAGUUUCUUUCCUGACAUGAAGCCAGUUCUGGUCUUUUGUACCCAUAGCUGGGUGGCCUAUGACGGCGUUGGAUUCACAGGAAAUCACACGGUUCUGGAAGCUGGAGGCCUGACCACACCCGCUAUACAGAAUGCUCUCAUCUCCUGUGUGCGGUCACUACGUCCACUGAGAAUGGGAGGUCUGAGAGUACGAAGACCUCUGGAUCCAAAGAUGGUGAUGUAUGAGAAGCCACUGUUUCAGGGUCAGUGCAAGGAGCUACUGGAGAACACACCUAGUCUAGAAAGUGCUGAGGGAGUAGUAUGCGUCUCCUCACUACGAGUCACUGGUGGAGUGUGGGUGGGCUACUCCUCUGAAAACUACAGAGGGCAGCAGUGUCUGCUGGAGGAGGGCGAGUACAGCGACUGUACCACGCUCUUCAGUGAACCAGGAAAUGUUCUAAGAUCCUGCCGCUUCCUUCAGGCUGAUUUUAUUGAGCCUGCAGUGUUCCUUAAUAAUUGUGGAGAGCAGAUCGAGCUUGUGGACCAGGAUGUGGCAGACCUGCAGCAGACUGGGCUAGUGAAUGAAGCCAACACCAUCCAUGUUAGAAGUGGAGUGUGGGUAGCCUACAGCGGGAAAUAUUUCACAGGAGAACAGUGUGUACUUGAGAAGGGCCAAUACUCUGGAUCACUCGACUGGGGUGACAGGCAGAGUUCACCUCUCUCCAUCCGGUCUGUACGGAGGGAGCUUUGUGGAGAAAGGGACCCAAAGUUCAUGCUGUGUGCCUACAGCAAACCAUGCUUUGCGGGAGAGGGCAGAGAAUUCGAAAGCGAAGUGACAGACUGUGGCACGUUAAAUCCCACGUCAUUCCGAAUAAUUCAGGGCAGGUGGUUGCUGUAUGAUGAGAGGGGUUUCUGUGGUAACCAGUUUGUCCUUGAAGAGGGUCUUUAUCCAGAUUUCACCUCCUUUGGCUGCAUGGCAACAGCCAUUAAAUCCUUCAAACCCAUUCAAUAUAGCUUCUCAGAGCCAUCUGUCAGUCUUUUUUCACUGAGCUCGUUUGAGGGGUUGGAGACCGUGACAGAUUUACCCAUGGAGACCAUGAGCAGCUUCUUUACUCAGUCUCUUCGAGUCAACAGUGGCCUGUGGGUAGCGUAUGAAUUCAGCCAGUUUAAAGGGCGUCAGAUGCUGCUGCAGACAGGCGAGAUUCCAUGUUGGAGUGAUUACAGUGGCUGGGACACCAUCGGCUCCCUCCACCCACUUAGACAGCGAAGGGCGUAUGUGCAGGUGCAGAAUCGAGCUUUGGGGAUGGCACUGACUACAGAGAGAACUGGGGAACGCCCAUGUCCAGCCAGACUCUCACUGCGUCCUGCUGAACACUGGCAAGACGCACAGCACUGGUUGUACACACAGUCUCAGCUCAAGAGCAAGGUGGGAAAAGGCUGCAUGUCUGUGAUUGGUGGGAAGGCCUGUGUGGGUGCCAGAGUGGCUUUGUGGGAAGAGCAUGGGCGACUGAAUCAAAGGUGGAGUUUAAACGAAAAUGGGACGAUCUCCUCUCAUUUAGACCACGGCCUAGUACUGGACCAGAGAGGUGGGAGUGGACUAGACAAGGACCAUCUGAUCCUGAAUGAGUUUUGUCCUGAUAGAGCCACACAAUUCUGGGACAUAGAGGUGCUUUAGUGCUGAGGCCAAGAAUCAGUUUCCCUGAAACAUGGUAGACAAUUUCAAACUAAACAGCACUACCUCCACCCAGUUAAAGAGGAACAGGAUGAAAGAAGGUCGAAACCACUGUUCUUUAAAAACCUAGCCCUAAGGAGCCUCUGCAAUUCACGUUAUCUUCUGCAUCUUGAUCCUAACACCGAUUUGUUCAACCCAUUAGACGAUGUUUGUUUAUGAGUCAAAUCAAGUGGUUGCACUUUGGCAUCUGAAACCAGACAUUUGAUUCAGUUCUACACUUGGUGGUAUUCAACAGUAUCUUGGAACAAACACAGAAGCUCUAACCGAACGAGGAAGAAAGCCUGUUCAGAGAGGUGUUCUGAUUUUUAAACGCAAUAGCCAAAACCACUACACAUACAAGUCUAUGACUAUUCAAGGGCAGAAUACCUGAGGACAAAGGAGCUGUGUGCAGUUCCUGUUUGAGGCAAUAUAAAGAGUAUGAAAUAUAUGCUUGCUUUUUUUUUGUUCUUCAAAGCACAUUUGCACUACUGAGAUCCUCACUUGAACAGAAGUAGCCCUCUCGUAAGUUUAGUGCGUUCCCCCUACGCACUGCUACUGGAUACAACAAACGAUGUCCUCUUUCAGCCUCAAACGAUGUCAAAACUCCCUUUAGACAGAUACAGGCCAAAUGCUUACUUCUGUUAGUUUGGCUAUGUACAGAGAAUUAUUUAAAGCUGGUCAUAUCACUGGAUUUAUGACUGAACACUGAGUGUAUGAUAUUCAGGAAAAGAUGUAUGUAUUGAAUGCCAUGUGCAAAGCAAAUAAUGUGUACAGUUACUAAGCUCACUGUUUUUAAAUGUUAUUAAUAUUAAAGAUAUAUUACAUUCUGGU